AUGAGAACGUUUGUGGUGUUUGUUCUGGGUGCGACGUUGGCACUCGCUGCGGGUGCGUUCGUGCCCAGCACGAGCCAGGUGAAGUACGCCGAGAAGGAGUUCCUGCACAAGCAGGAAGACCUGCUGCUACUGUUCCGCCAUCUGUACGAGAAGGACUGGAAUCCGCAGCUGGUGGCGUACGCCAAGAACUUCCACUUCAAGGAAAGUGCCGAGCUGUUCCAGCACGAACCGACCGUCCAGUGGGCGAAAAAGCUGUGGUCGUACUACGAGCAUGGCCUGCUGCCGAAGGGCGAAGUAUUCUCCGUGUACGAUGAGGUGCACCGUGAGCAGGCCGUCGCACUGUUCCGCGUGCUGUACCACGCGAAGGAUUGGGAAACGUUCUACAAGGUCGCGGCCUGGGCCCGGUACUACGUCAACGAAGGUAUGUUCGUGUACGCGCUGACCGUGGCCGUCACGCACCGUCCCGAUCUGGCCGGCUUUGCCCUGCCCGCACCGUACGAAAUCAGCCCGUACCACUUCAUCAACACCGAGGUGAUCCAGAAGGCGCAGCAGUACAAGAUGCAGGGCUAUUACGGCAUGAAGAAGGUCGACGGUGUCUACACGGUGACCAUCCCCAGCAACUACACCGGCUGGUACAUGCAUACCAACGCGGAGCAGAAGAUCUCCUACUUCACGGAGGACAUUGGGCUGAACAGCUACUACUACUAUCUGCACACGGACUACCCGUUCUGGCUCGGUGGGGAGCAGUUCGGGCUGAGCAAGGACCGUCGCGGUGAGCUGUAUCUGUACGAGCACCAGCAGAUUCUCGCCCGCUACUACCUCGAGCGCUUGUCGAACGAUCUUGGCCAUGUGCCGGAGUUCUCGUGGUGGUCACCGAUCCCGACCGGCUACUAUCCGGACCUGCAGUACUACAACGGUCACAGCUUCCCGGCGCGCGACAACUACUACCACGUGGACCAGGAGUCGAACUACCGCGAAAUCCGCCAGGUGGUGGACUACGAGAAGCGUCUGCGGGAUGUGAUCGAUCAGGGUUUCUUCGUGCUGCCGGACGGUAAGAAGGUGAACCUGAGCACACCGGAGUCGGUGGACGUGCUGGGCAACCUAAUUCAGGCCAAUCCCGACAGUUACGAGCAUCGGUUCUACAAGUACGUGGCGAUGUUUGCCCGCAUCAUCAUGGGUGCGGCCAUCGAGCCCGUCGAGCCGUACCAGGUGAUUCCGAGCGCGCUGGAGCACUACGAGUCGGCCAUGCGUGAUCCGGUGUUUUACCAGAUCUACAAGCGCAUCGUCGGCUACUACCACCAGUUCAAGGAGCAUCUGCCGGAGUACACGUACGACGAGCUGUACUACCCGGGCGUGAAGGUCGACGGUGUGGUGGUGGACAAGCUGCAGACGUACUUCGACCGUUUCGAUGUGGACAUUACCAAUGCGAUCGACAUCGAGCCGGAACCGUACGUGCCGGGCAAGUACGAUGGCUUCGGUGAGAUCGAGUACAAGCCGGAUCCGGUCGUGAUUAAGGCGCGCACCGUACGCCUCAACCACAAACCGUUCGCGUACAAGAUCAGCCUGACGGCGGAGAAAGUUGGCAAGGCGGCGGUACGCGUCUUCCUCGGCCCGAAGUACGACGAGUACGGUGGGCAGUACACGCUGAACGAGAACCGCGAGAACUUCUACGAGCUGGACUACUUCGUGCAGGAGCUGACCGCGGGUAAGAACGUGAUCACGCGCACCUCCGUCAACUUCAACGGCUACGUGAAGGAUCGCACCUCGUUCUAUGAGCUGUACCGCAGCGUGAUGGCUGGGUACACCGGUGCGGAGCGCUACCAGCUCGACAUGUCCGAGGCUCACUGUGGCUUCCCGAACCGGCUCAUGUUGCCGAAGGGUAAGAAGGGCGGCAUGCCGUUCCAGCUGUUCGUGAUCGUGUCACCGUACAAGGCGCCGCAGGUGUCGCAGUACACCGGGUUCGAUCCGGUGCUGUCGUGCGGUGUAGGUUCCGGCGCACGCUACAUGGACACGUACGCAUUCGGCUAUCCGUUCGAUCGGCCGAUCGAUGAGUCGGUGUUCUACGGUGUGCCGAACGCAUUCUUCCAGGACGUCGUCGUUUACCACAAGCCGGAGGGUGAUCUGUAG